AUGGCUGGGCUUGAUGAAGGACUGAUGGAUGUGGCUGCCGGUUCGUCUUCUUCGGAUCUUCUUGGUGAUGUUCCUGACAAAGAUGUGAAUCUGUUAUUAGGUGAGCUGUGCAUCUCUGAACGUCAGGAGCAACCGAAACUAGAGGAACGGACUAUCAAGUUUCCUUUGUUGGCUUUGGAUCUUGUAAAAACUUUGGAGACUGCUGAUCUGAGGACUUGGAAACACCUAGUGGAAUUGUGUAGUGUCGUGAAAAACGACCAUUGUGAAGCAAGGAUCGGGGGCAUUACUUUGAACAUCGGUGGAUUUGAAUCCUUAAAGAAGAUUUGGUGCGGACAUUUGACCAUUCCCACGCCAGCGGACCUACCUCUAUCAGAGAAAGCAAUUGAGAUAUCCGAAGGAUCUUCAAACGAGUGUUUGGAAGUUAUUUCUGAAUCUUCUGAUUUAGUGGAUUUGGGGCCAAGUGAACAAGUGGAGAGAAUUCCUUGUGUUCCUGCCGUUAUUGACGAGAUGGCUGGUGCUUCAAAAGAUCAAACCGGAGCAAUCGCUGGUCUUGUGGUCUAUGUCCGGCUGGUCCGUGGUCUGUGGGGAUGGAUCAAUGUCAUCUACCAACCUACGGAAUCGAGUCUAUUCGGAUCUGAAGCUUGA